AUGGGAAAAAAGGCAGUGCACUUUGGAGGUGGCAACAUUGGCCGUGGAUUCGUCGGGGAGUUCCUUCAUGAGUCCGGCUAUGAAGUCGUGUUUGUCGAUGUUAUGGACAGCGUCAUAGAUGCCCUCCAGAAAGCCUCGUCAUACACGGUCACGGAAAUCAGUGGAGAAGGUGAACACAAGAAAGUCAUCAACAAUUAUCGGGCCAUCAACUCCAAGCACAAUCUCGACGACGUCAUCAAGGAGAUAUCCACUGCCGAUGUCGUCACCUGCGCUGUUGGCCCUAACAUUCUGAAGUUCAUCGCCCCACCCAUCGCCAAGGGUAUCGAUAUUCGAACCCAGCCCAAGCCACUGGCCGUGAUUGCCUGCGAAAACGCAAUCGGUGCCACCGACACUCUGCAUGGCUUCAUCAAGGACAACACCGACGAAUCCCGUCGUGACUCUCUCCCAAGCCGUGCCCAGUUCGCCAACUCCGCUAUCGACCGCAUCGUGCCCACCCAGGACCCCAAUUCCGGUCUCGACGUCAAGAUCGAAAAGUUUUACGAGUGGGUCGUGGAGCAGACUCCCUUUGGCGACGUCGGGCACCCGGAUAUCAAGGCUAUCCACUGGGUGGACAAUCUGGAACCUUACAUCGAGCGCAAGCUGUUCACCGUCAACACCGGCCAUGCAACCGCUGCCUACUUCGGCUAUAAUGCUGGCAAACCGACCAUCCACGAUGCGUUGAAGGACGAGAGAAUCCGGAGCCAGGUCAACGCGGUUCUGGCCGAGACCUCAACCCUGAUCGUCGAGAAGCACCACAUCCCGGCCGCAGAACAGCACGACUAUGUCCAGAAGAUCAUCACCCGCAUUUCUAACCCGUAUCUCGAAGACGUCGUGCAGCGUGUUGGCCGUGCUCCGCUCCGCAAACUGUCUCGCAAGGAACGCUUCAUCGGACCAGCUGCCCAGCUCGCUGAGCGUGGACAACAGGUCGACGCGUUGAUGGGAGCGGUCGAGGAGGCGCUGAAGUUCCAGAACGUGCCUGAUGACGAGGAGAGUUUCGAGCUGCACAAGAUCCUGAAGGAGCUGUCCGCCGCAGACGCAACGACCAAACUGACAGACCUGGAGGCAGAUCACCCGCUGUACCCGCGCGUUCUCGAGAGAGUGACCAAGGUCCAAAACGAAACGAAGUAG